AUGGCAGACAGCGAGGGUGGUACAUCUACGCGGAGGGGUUUGUCAAACUUCCCUCGCGAGAUUCUCUCUAUGAUCUGCGAAAACCUCUGCUCCCAUUGCACCUCGAAUGCUCAAGAUACAAAAGAUUUGAACUGGGGAAACGUGCCGUCGGCGUUAUUGGCACUCAGCCAGACCUGCAGAGUGCUGCGCGUGAUCGCACAGCCCAUCACCUACCAUGUAUUGGCCUAUGUUCCCGACUAUGCCCAUUUCCCCAAGUUCGUCCGCACCUUGGACGAGCGCCCAGAUCUGGCAGCACAGAUAAGGUGGCUUCGUCAGCACACCUACGAAUGUGGCGGCUGGAAUUACGACAAGGCCGAGGAGAUUGCGCUGGUGAAAGACGUCGCCAAGCGGCUGGGAAUGCAACGUGAGAGCGAUGAGGACUUUGAAUCUGCGGACGAGGAGGACACAUCCCUGGGCAAGUUUUGCAUUGAGCUGCUGAUUGCCUUGGCGCCCAAUCUCGAAGCACUACAAGUCUACGUGGAGAACGACGGCAAUUAUGAAGGGACCAAAUACUACUACACCGCUGAGAGGAGUAGGCGAAUAGGUCUUGAAGCUGCUUCGCUCCACCGUCUGAAGAGGUUGGAGUUUUUGACAGACGAUGACUGGGGCGUGAGUGCCAACGUGCCAGGCAUCCCUGUUUUGCUAAGCCUCGCGCCCAAUUUAGAACAUCUUUCUCUGUAUAGGUGCAAGGGAUUGAGUAGUGAAUGGGAGGGGGAAGACGAAGAAUCAGGAACUAUCUUCAGGGACGGAGCAGGCAGUUCUCUUCGAGUCGUCGAGUUCAAGGGUAGUGCUCUGGAAGCCGAUGGCGAUACCGACUCGCUCAUCAGCGAUGUCGUCUCGCAUGCGCCGCACCUUGAACGCUUCUCCUAUCAGUCACAAGCGGCAUAUCUGGGCGAACAUAUUGACACACACUUUUCUGCUCGCGAUUUUCUUCGGUGCCUUCGGCCCACCAAGAACUCACUCAAGUUUCUCAAUAUCGACUUGACAGAACAUUCCCUCCAUAGUGGAAGCGGCGAGACUGUGGUGCCACAAGUGCUACAGAGCUUUACCGCAUUGGAAACGGUCAAGCUGGAUGACACGUCCUUUUGCCGGCAUCGCCGCAACCCGGAAGUACCAUCAACUUGUCUCACAGAUACUCUGCCUGCCAACUUGAAAACGCUCGUCCUCCGGCUUUACGAAGGGACCCAGGCUUGGGCUGACCUAGAGCGACUGGCCGUUGAGUCUGGAAAGUUUCCAAAUCUUCGGCGUGUCCAAAUAGAGAACAUUCUUCGCAUGCACAGUGACGUUGCUGAGAACGUGUUUCCGCGACAAGCCGACGAGCAUUGCAGCGUUCUGUUCGAUACCUUCACCGAGAAGUCUAUCGAAUUUGCAUGGUCUAUAACUAUAGAAUAG